AUGGACACAAAAAAUAAAGAAAUAUUAGGUAGCACAAUAAAAGCAUGGAUUGGUAGAAAAAGAUAUAAAACUAUGAUGGUUAAUAAAACCAAUAGAGAUAAAGUUGCAAAAGAAAUUUUAGAUACUGAACAAAUUUAUGUUAGAAAUUUAGAAACCAUUGUACAAUUUUAUUUAAAACCAUUAAGAAAUAUAAACCCACCAUUAUUAUCACCAAAAUCAAUUCAAAUUAUAUUUGGACAUAUUGAAGAUUUAUUAUCAUUGAAUACAGAGUUAUUGACGUCGAUUCAAGAUAGAAUGACGACAUGGUAUCAAGAUAAACGUUUAGGAGAUAUAUUUACAAAGAUGGCACCUUAUUUGAAAGUGUAUACAGAGUAUUGUGGUAACUAUGAUAAAGCAGUGGCCAGAUUGAAGCAAAAAUCCGACGAAAGUAGAGAUUUACAAAUGUUUCUUAAACGAGUUACCAGUGAGAAUUCGUUUGGUUUAGAUUUGAAUUCAUUGUUGGUUACACCGAUUCAACGUAUUCCAAGGUAUAAACUUUUAUUACAAAGUUUAAUUCAAUUGACACCGGUCGAAUUUAGUGAUUAUCCAACAUUGGCAAAAGCAUUGGAAAACGUUGCAUUGGUCGCCGAUCAUAUCAAUGAGAGUAUUCGUGAAAAACAAAACUCUGAAAAGAUUUUAACAAUUCAAAAACGUUUCACUGGUCAAUGUCCACCAUUAUUGGCUCCACUACGUACUUUUAUUCGUGAAGGUUCUCUAACUAAAGUUUGUAGAAAAGAUCAUAAAAAACGUUGGUUCAUCUUAUUUAGUGAUGCUUUAGUUUAUGGUAAUCGUAUAGAUACUGCUGUUGGUAAUCCAAUCUAUAAAUUUCAUCGUCUUUUACCUUUAUCAAAUACAAAAAUUGCAAAUUUAGAUGAUACAAAACAUAAAAAUUCAUUUCAACUUAUUCAUCCAAUUAAAUCAUUUACAUUGAUUGCAGAUACUGAACAAGAAAAAUCAAGUUGGAUGAAUUCAUUUAGUGAUGCUCAAAACUUUUUAUUACGUAAUGAAGGUUCUGUUGCAAGAAUGAAUAAACAAUAUAGAAGUAUUAAUAUUUUAAAACCAAAAGAAGAGGAAACAGUAUCAACAGCACCAGUUUGGAUACCUGAUAGCGAAGCAAUUCAAUGUAUGGAGUGUACUAUUAAAUUUACAACCAUUAGAAGAAGACAUCAUUGUAGAAGAUGUGGUAAUGUUGUAUGUGGUAAAUGUUCAGAACAAAAAUGGACUUUAGAUCAAUAUAAAAAAGAUGCAAGAGUUUGUAAAACUUGUUACAAUUAUUUAUCAAUUAGUUCUUCAAGAUCAAAUGAAAAUAAUGUUAGUAGUAGUAAUAAUUUAUCUACACCUACAUCAACCUUUACAGCAACAACAGCAACAGCAACAGCACCAUUUGGUACACUUACUGAUGGUGCAAGUUUAGCUGACGUUUCCUCUGAUAGUGAGGGUGAAGAUAAUUCUUCUUCUAUUAAUGAUUCAAAUCCUGAUAUGCCAAUUAUUAAUGGUUUAUCAAGUAUUCAAAUUGAUAACACUCCUGUUAUAUUAAAUACUGUUAAUCCUUCACCACCUUUAUUAUCACAACCUCAACCUCAACAACCUCAACAACCUCAACUUCAACCUCUACAACAACCUCUACAACAACCACCUCAACCACCUCAACCACCUCAAACUAAUCAUAAAUCUUUUAUUGCCACACAUACUGCAUAUAAUAAAGAAAAUUCUUUAAAAUCUACUUCACCAUCUUCUUCUUUUAUUGAAACAUCAACAUCAACCUCAGCAUCAACCUCAACAUCAACCUCAACAUCAACCUCAACAUCUACCUCAACAUCUACCUCAACAUCUACCUCAACAUCAAAUUCAACAUCAAAUUCAACAUUAACACCAGGACCACCAAUGCUUUCAAAAUCAAAUGCAGGUAAUAGUUCAUUAUUAGAUUUUUGUAAAUCAUAUAUUCAAAAUUCACCAAAUGUUUCACCAGCAAAAGUUGAAAAACAUAAACAUUCAUCAUCGUCAUCAUCAGCUUCAAAUUCACCAAUGCAAUCUCGUACAAAUUUAGAUAUACCCUCAACAACAACAACUUCAACUUCAAAAGGAUCAAUAUCACCAACUCAAUCAAGUGAAUCUAUAGUUUUACCAGAAUUAAAACCAAUAACACAUGACCCACUUGUUACUUCAAAUAAUUCUUCAAGUACUCUUAAAGUUAAUCAACCAAUUCAACAUACUAAUUCCUCUUCAAAAUUAAAUGUUAUUGUAUCAACACCACAAACUACUCAAACUACUGAAAAUAAUGUUAAUAAUACUAAUACCAAUACUACUACUACUAAUAAUAAUAAUAAUAAUAAUAAUAAUAAUAAUAAUAAUAAUAAUAAUAAUAAUAAUAAUAAUAAUAAUAAUAAUAAUAAUAAUAGUGAUGUUUCAUCACCAAAACCAACUACUAAAUCUUUACCACCAACCCCACCAACUAAAAAAUUACCACCAACCCCACCACCAAAACCAUUACCACCACAACCAACUUUACCACAACAACCAACUUUACCACCACAACCAAAUUUACCACCACAACCAAAUUUACCACCACAACCAAAUUUACCACCACAACCAAAUUUACCACCACAACCAAAUUUACCACAACAACCAGAUUUAUCACAACCACCACCACAACAACAACAACAACCAACUUUAGACCAAGCACCACCAAGACCACCUAAACCAAAUCAAGAUAGUAGAAGUCAAUCAUUUCUUUGUAUUUCUAGCACUGUAAAUUCAACACCACCAACUCCACCACCAAAACGAAUUAUAUCAACUCAUCCUGCAAACACAUCCUUUAUUUAUCAACCUCAACAAUAUGUAUCAUCUCCAAAUAUAAAUAAUGUUCCACCACCACUUCCACCACCAAGAAUUAAAUCACAAGCUCCAAUUCAAAGAGAUUAA